GUGUUUGCUGAAAACACGUCCCUCGACUACCUCUCUAUGUGGUCCCUCCUUCCUUGGCUUUUCGUCACAAGCGCGGGGGCUGCCGGGAGCGGAAGACAUGUUUUGUGAUCAUAAUGGAGGUAAACAUAUUCGCCAAGACCGUUUGUAGAAUUGUUUUCUAUUCUUAUUUCAAUAAUAGACAUGGCACUUUCUGAAUCAGAACGGGUGGAGUGCGGAACACAGCUGGUUUAUACAAGUUAAUUUAUUUGGCCCCGAAUCACUACUGGAACUUUGACUUCUUACCACGGAAUUCUCAUUUUCGUUUUCGGGUUACUCUCACUUAGCUGGCUAACGUUAGCCGUUUGUUUAUGUAGCCACACAAACGAACAGCAUCUGUACCCCGGCCAAGGCAGUGGGGCUGACAGGUGAGUAAUGCGUUUUGGUUCACCCAGAGAAGAUGGAAUCCACCCACAGCCGACUGCUGUUGGCCCUGGUGAUGGUCCUGCUCUUUGGCGUUAUCGUACUACAAUACGUAUGCCCAGGUACAGACUGCCAACUGCUUCGCCUGAGUUCAUUGUCCUCCAAAUUGGGCGACAGUGCGUCCCGCGGCGGAGGGGACCGUAACUAUGGAGACAGUGGGGACCCAUAUGUUGCAGAAGACAGAACCUUGGUCCGAUUUGUACCGCGCUUUAACUUCACUGCGGGCGACCUAAACAGGUCCGUCGAUUUCAAUAUUAAGGGCGACGACGUAAUUGUCUUUCUGCACAUUCAAAAAACCGGAGGCACUACGUUUGGUCGCCACCUGGUGCGUAACAUUCAGCUGGAGAGGCCGUGCGAGUGCCACGCCGGCCAAAAGAAGUGUACCUGUUACCGACCGGGGAAGCGUGAGACCUGGCUCUUCUCGCGCUUCUCGACUGGCUGGAGCUGCGGACUGCAUGCGGACUGGACCGAGCUGACCAGCUGCGUCCCGUCGCUCAUGGACACACGAGAGCCCCCAAAGAUUCAGAACACAGCCAGGAGGAACUACUACUACAUCACCAUCCUGCGGGACCCGGUGUGGCGCUACCUGAGCGAGUGGCGGCACGUGCAGCGCGGGGCCACCUGGAAGGCGUCUCUGCACGUGUGCGACGGGCACGCCCCCACGCUGGCCGAGCUCCCCAGCUGUUACCCGGGCGACGACUGGUCCGGCUGCACCCUGGAGGACUUCAUGGACUGCCCCUACAACCUGGCCAACAACCGGCAGACGCGCAUGCUGGCCGACCUCAGCCUGGUGGGCUGCUACAACCUGACGGCCAUGAGCGAGCCGGAGCGCGGCGCCGCCCUGCUGGAGAGCGCCAAGCGCAACCUGCGGGGCAUGGCCUUCUUCGGCCUGACCGAGUACCAGCGCAAGACGCAGUACCUGUUCGAGCGCACCUUCCGGCUGGCCUUCAUCGCGCCCUUCACGCAGCUGAACGGCACGCGGGCCAGCGCCGCCGGGGCGGAGGCGGGGCCCGAGACGCAGCGGCGCAUCCGGCGGCUCAACCGCUGGGACGUGGAGCUGUACGAGUACGCCCGCGACCUCUUCCUGCAGCGCUUCCAGUGGGCGCGCCAGGAGGAGCGACGGGAGGCCCGCCUGCGCCGCCAGCGGGAGAGGCGCAGGAUGAGGGGGCGGGGCCCGCCCUGGAAGCGGGGCAGGGAGUGGCCGCAGCGGGCGGCGGCGGGGUACCCGCCCACCUCCGCGCCCGGGGAUUGGGGGCAGGAGGAGGAGGAGAGCAGGGACAGGGUUCGGGGACAGGUGCCCGCUCCAGGGUCGUGGUGGGACCCCGAGGAGAACAGUACCAUGGCUGACUAUUUGGACAAUGUGGAGCACUGGUGAUGAGGGGAAGGGCAUUGUGGGAAAUGUGGGACAGGCUGACUGAAUGUUUUGAAGCGACUGAUAAUGAGAAUCAUGAGCUGGCUUGAUUGACUUCUGCCCACUGAGAAGAUUGACCGAAUGUCACUCCCAUCAUGCAGUGCUCCUUUCCGCUUGGACUUGCAAUUGGCCAGUUUUUGAUCUGUAUUUAUUACUGUUGGUAAAGACUCAUUCGCCACAGGUGGUUCAUAGGGCUUCAGGACUUUUAAGUGAUUUCCUUCAACCUUGAAAAUGAACGUACCCGUAUAUUUUCAGUAAUGCCAGGGAUUUAUUUACAAACGUUAUUUCUAUGUAUAUGGGCUUCAUUUCCGUCCAUCUGAUAGAGACCAUGCCGGUCAGACUGUUGUUUGUUCAUAAAUCACUGGGAGCAUUGAAAUCGUCUGCAGGUACAUUCUUUCCCUACACCUGCACCUUUUUUAAAAUCCUACACCUGUGUGUACUACUGGACGUGUGCGUUUUUAUCUUCUCCUGAACUUUAGAGCUGGCCCCCUUUACCCCCACCCUGUACUUCCCAAUGAGACCCCUCCCCCCAGCCUCUCCAGAACACUGGGCUGGACUAGCAGCUGGUCCUGUAUUUAUUCUGUUUCCUGUUAAUGUUUUAUGGAAGGGUUUUUCAGUGGCUGCUCGUCUCAUUUGAUACUGAAUUACCCCGGUUCCUGUCAAUGGUUGCUAUUAAUGUUGAAAUUUAAACGUAGGUACGAAUAUCUUUGUCUUCAUUGUUUUAACACAGCGCGGGGCCGUCAACAGACCAACAUGGCCUUCGACAACUGUGUCUAUGAACCUCAGAUCUGAGCGCUGUGGAAAUGUAGCUCUCCGCGCUGAUAGGAGAUGUUUGUUUUCCACUGGUCUGGACCAGGAGAACUGUGUCCUUGGAUAAAAGAAAACCAGUUAAAAGAA